AUGGCAAGCACGUUUCAUGAGAGUAUGGGGUCACACCCGUCUCAAGAUUCGAGUAAAACUCCGUAUCGAAAUAUCAGUUUUCAUAUUCCUUCGGCAGGAAAUGAGCAGUCAGAAUUGUGUCGAGAGGUGCCAGCGACUGUGGAUGAGUUUCGAGACUCUGGUAAAAAUGCUACAACAAAAGAAGAUGAGAGACUGGAAGUAGUUGCUGAAAGGUCCGUUGAACAACCUGAAGGCCCAUCACUUGGGAAUCUCAGUACACCACACUUUCACUCUUUCAACACAGACAAGUCCAAAAAUCCGUCACAGAGUCAGGAUGAGACUCUCGCCACAGUACCCAUUGCGAAGCUGCAACAAUUGGUCGAAUACGGCAUACAAGUCUUACAAGAGAGUAGAAAGAAGACGGACACUAUCGAUCGAGACUUGGAGCACAAUGAUCCAGAGAAUAUCCAGGACGCCCCGGGCUCUGAAGCUUCGCAUGUCGCUGAUGUGAGAGGGGGCAAGUCUAUCUCAUUUGUGGACAAAAUUAUCGUAGGUCGUAGGGGUAGAGAGGCAUCCCGAGGCAUGGGUCAAUCUACAAGGAGACUCGAUAAAAUCAAAGCUGGUAUUAAUCCUGAGCCAUGGAAAUUAAAAAGGAUCGAAGCAGAUCCUACACUUAUCAUUGACAUGGAGUUGCUUAACGGUCUAGCUAAAUCCGAAACCUUCCAAGAGAAGUUCGAAGAAGCCUGGUCGAAAUACUUCUUACAAAUUCGAAAGGUGUGGCUACGAAAGCGCCUUGAGAAUUAUAUGUUCAGGCGACGUUAUUCUUUCAUUGUUGAGUUUGGUUUCAGAAAUCAAGAUCUUCUUGGAGUCUUGAUUUCCUGCGCGAAACUUUUGGAACCAAGAACGCUGGUACCAAGAACGCUGGUACCAGGCAAAACUCCUGCAAAGCUAUCAGAGUGUAAGGUGGGCUUCAUUCUCCAAUGCUGUUAUAAAAAUGGCCUGCUGAAACAGCCCUUGCUUGCGAAACCACACGAUCCCUCGCCACACACGCCAUUUGGCCCUUCUGAUGUUCUCAGCGAUAGGGCUCAUGUCAGUUUAGUCGUCGUCGCAGUUGAAAUAUUAUGCGAUUCAGUAAGAUUAGCACACGCAAUACCUAAGCUUCUUAUGUGGGUACCGGACCUUCGUUUGAAUGAGGACCUGCGUUUGAAUGAAGAUUUUCUCGACCUUCAACUUGAAGAGCUUGUGGUCAUCAUUCGCGAAUCCACGGAGGAUUCUUAUUUUGAGUCUGAUUGUGCCACUGGAAGCACCAUGCGUAUUGAUGACCUGAAUAUAGCAGCACUCAGAGAAAUUGGCAAUCUCAGAAUAUCUUGGUCAGAAACUCUCGAAGAACAUCUGCUAUUAGAUAUUUCACAAAAGAUAUUGUAUCUUGCGUGGACAAGAUUUGAUAAAAAACCAUGGGGAGGACAGGAUUGUAGUUUUGGAGCGUGGCAGCGAUCGUGCAUUCAACAAGAUAGCAUAUUACAAAAAGAUAGUUCGAGGAAGUGGGACGGAUCUACAGUAAAUCAGUAUAUUAUGGCUACAUGGGAUAUCAUAUUCUCCCAUCAAUUAAAAGGGCCGAAAUUGGACGCGGAGACUUGCAAGAUUGCGAUGCGGAAAAAUUGGCUGGAAGGUAAACCAAACCAUCCCGAGCAAAUUCAAUUAUGUGAGUUACGCCAUAUAAUGGAAUAUCAUGGAUUGCCAAAAAUUGGUUGGGGAACGGACAAUAUUAGUCUGGCAAUCAAAAACAAUGCCGAAGUAUCAUACUCCGAGUUUGGCAUGUUUGAAGAUCGAGUUCGAAAGUUGAGGCAUUAUAUGGAUAAUCAGAAACCUCGAGGAAUCCGGCAGCUCUGGAGAGACAAGAGAGAUGCCUUGAACUAUUAUACUUUCUGGGGGGUUAUCAUAUUCGGAGCUUUGAGUGUGUUUUUGGCAUCUGCGUCUUUGGCUGUCAGUAUUGCUCAGGCUGUGGCUUCUUUCAAGGCUUUGCAUCUACCUUUGCCCUCUCAUUGA